UCGUAUACAAUGGAGACAAUAUUUAGAAAUAAUCGGAAUGCUUCAAUGAAUUAUCGUUAACUUAAAAAUCGAGAAAUAUUGUACACACCCUUUUGUUUUGGAAAAGGUUGAAAUUAGAUGUGUAUUUACUGCUGACGUGCACCGUAAACAAUGGAGCUUAAACCGGUGGACACUAAACCGGCGGUUGAAACCAUUUUUGUUCCUGGAUGUCCAAACAUUAAGACGCAGGUGUCUGAUCGAAAAACAGUGAAACAACAAAUUUUUGUUGCAAAUUUACCAGUAAUAACAGAGCCGGACAUUGCACCCAAAACUGAACGCUCAUCAGAUAAUGAUUGCGAACAACAGAAUACUGAGUUAUUAAGUCAGGAUAAUAGCACUAGUAGCUGUGAAGAUUUUGAAGAAGAGCUAAAUAAAAAUCCAAUUCGUAUCACAAACAAAGCAAAUGAAAACCCCAAAAAGCGUAAAAGAGCAUCCGAAAAAGUCUUAAUAGAUCCCAAGUUCGUUUGCAAAAUCUGUUCAAUGGGAUUUCAGCGUGCUAGCAACUAUACAAUUCAUAUGAAAAAAAAGCAUAAAAUUGUUGGAGUAGCAACUCCUUACAGUUGUCCCAAUUGUCCUCGAAAGUACGAAUUUGAGUACGAAUUGAAACGUCACAUGCAAAAGUAUCGGCCGCUUGAAGAAAGACUAAUUUUUCCUUGCUCACACUGUGAUAGAAAAUUCCAAACAAGAGUUCAUGUGGCUCGGCAUAUCAAAUUUGUUCACGAAAACAUACGUCCGUUCAUUUGUGAAGAAUGUGGCGAAGCUGUACAUACAAGAACAACCCUACGGGAACAUAUGCUCACACACACGGACUACUCGCCAUUUGAAUGUAAAGAAUGUGGAAAGUGUUUUAAACAAAAACAACGACUGAAAAGACACAUGGAUAUUCAUGGAGAAAAACAUAUUUGUACAAAAUGUGGCAAGCAAUUGAGUUCUAAGUGCACACUUAAUAAACAUUUACUGGUUCAUUCAGAAGGAAAGCCGCACAAGUGUAAAUAUUGUGGACGUGCUUUCAAGCUGACCAAAACUCUGAAAGUACACUUAAAUACUCAUACGGGUGAUAAGGUGUAUGCAUGUGAUUUUUGCGAUAAAACAUUUUCUGCUCCUUCGAGUCGACGUCAACACAAAAAGAAAAAACAUCCAGAGAAAUUGCUUGAGCUGGAAGCGUUGGCAGCAGAAAACGUUGAAAUAAAAGAUGCACCCAGUUUAGACACAUUACAGGCACUAUGUGUUCCCAAAAUGACGGUAAAUUCUCCUGUCAACAAACUACCAGAAUCGCUAAAUGAUUGUUUUUAUAUAGAAAAUGUUAAAAUGCUAAUUGAUGUUGAUUGAUUUGUCGUCAAAUAUUAAUCAACCAGCAACAUGUUACACUACAUAUAAUACAAGCCCAACAACGUUGUAAUGCAAGCAGAAUACCAGAAUAUAUAUUAAGGAAUAUCAUUGGCCAAGUUCUCGAGUUAAAGAAUUUCGAAUUUAUUUUGAAUUUCUAAUUACGCGUUAUCGUUUACAGUACUUAUGUGCAAACGGAAGUGGAAUUGAUAAUAUCUGUAAAAUAUUGAGCUAAUUUCGUAAAAAUAAAUUAAACAGUGAGAAAACGUGAAGCUAUUUGUUCAAACACAAUUGUAGAACAUUUCACAGCAUCCUAGUAAUUUUCCAGCGGUUGAACAAAAUAUGAAAGAACUAGAAUAACUAAGAGACAUUUUUUAAUAACCUUAUGGUAAUUGCUCGUAUAAUAAAAAUAAUCACCAAACGCUAUUAGAGUAACAGUCAAGGGGCAUUCAAUAAAGGUGGUGGCACUAGACCAACAACACUGUUCUGUACGUUUAAUUGUCAAAGCAAAGAAUUGAGAAACCAAAAAAGCAAAUAAUGAAUUCGCCUUGUUUCAUUCUGAGCUGACAGCCACAUGGACACGGCGAAAUAAAAAAAAACAACUCAGCUGAUUUAACAACAUCACCUUUAAUAGGUUCGCCUUGGUAACAGUCUAUCGGAAAAUAAUUUCGAGGCGAAUGGGCGAGCUGAACAUGACUGCCUUAAUAACAAGCAGCCUUCAGUUAUGUCAAUAGCAGAAAACAAUUGCGAUAUUGACUGUUUCUUUCGGUUAUAGAAAUUUGAUUUCACUUCCCUUUCGUU